CGGACGGCCGACCCGGAGCGCGAGCAGGGCUGCGGCUGUGUCACAGACGCGAGCUUGGUCGAAAGGCAGUGGGACCUGUGUCAUUGAUACACAAACUACUUCGCGUACAGCAGAAUAUCCAUAAUGGCUGAGUUAGAGGACUUGGUGGAACGAUUGGAGAAAUCUGUGGAAAGACUAGAGUUAGCAUCCUUUAAAGUACCGGGUGUCCUGCCCUCUGGUUCGAAUGCAGUGAAUGGAGACAAUGGAGAUGUGGCACCAUAUGUGGAAGCUUUCGAUGUAAUGCUGAUGGGGGUUGUUGCAGACUAUAUGAAGCACAGCAAGAUCCUUGGGGAAGAUGUGGCACAGCAAGCAGAGAUGUUCAAAGCAGCUUUUGAUACCCAGAGAAAUUUCCUGUUGAUGGCCUAUAAGCACCAGCAGCCCCUGGAGAUCUUCAUUAACAGUCCAAAAAGAACUUGGAUGUGGGCUAGAGCAAAAAAUGAGAUGAAUGUGCUCCUCAAGCCCAUGUCUGAUAAAAUGCAGGAGAUUCAGGACUUUCGGGAGAAGAACCGUGGUAGCAAGCUGUUCAACCACCUGUCAGCUGUUAGUGAAAGCAUUGCAGCAUUGGGCUGGGUUGCAGUGACCCCUAAGCCAGGUCCUUUUGUUAAGGAGAUGAAUGAUGCUGCCACCUUCUAUACUAACAGAGUAUUGAAGGAGUUUAAGGACAUUGACAAGAAACAUGUAGAAUGGGUCAAAUCCUUCCUCAGUAUCUGGACAGAACUUCAGGCCUACAUCAAGGAGUACCACCCCACUGGGCUGUCAUGGAAUAAGGCUGGUCUCACAACAUCUGCACCAUCUUCUGGAGCUUGUCCACUGGCUCCACCACCUCCCCCUCCUGGACCCCCUCCUGUCCUAUCGUCAGAAACAUCUGAGGAUGAAGCUCGUUCCCAACUGUUUGCUCAGCUUAACCAAGGGGAAGGCAUUACUAAGGGUCUCCGCCAUGUUGCUGAUGAGCAGAAAACCCACAAGAAUCCGAAUCUUCGUUCACAGAGUGGGCCUGUCAAUUCACCAUCGAAAACUUGCUCAGCUAGUCCUACGUCUCCCAUGUCUCCUAUGCAGCAGCCAAGAACACCUAUCCUGGCACUGGAAGGAAAGAAGUGGAGAGUGGAAUAUCAACAGAAUGAAAGCAACCUUGUCAUUUCUGAGGCAGAACUGAAACAUGUUGCCUACAUCUACAAGUGUAAUAGCUCUGUGCUGAAAAUUCAAGGCAAAAUCAAUUCCAUUACAAUUGAUUCCUGUAAAAAGCUUGGCCUUGUGUUUGAAAACGUAGUGGGGAUAGUUGAAAUCAUCAAUUCACGGAAUGUGGAAAUACAGGUAAUGGGCAAAGUACCGACUAUAUCCAUCAAUAAAACAGAGGGCUGCCACAUAUACCUCAGUGAAGAGUCACUGGCAUGCGAGAUUAUCAGUGCCAAGUCUUCUGAAAUGAACGUCUUAAUUCCUCAAGGCGAGGAUUAUAAGGAGUAUCCAAUCCCUGAGCAGUUUAAAACCACGUGGAAUGGGACAAAGCUACACACUGAAGCAGCAGAAAAUGUUGGUUAACCAUACAUUCUGCGGGCUGUUCCACGAUUCACAUGUGGCAUUCUAGAGUUACAAAUCACCAUAAUGCAAUUUUACACUUUGUGCAACCAUAGCAAACAAUACUACAGUAGUCAGACACCUUGCAGUAACUGCUUGACAAUAGGGGUGCAAUGAUUGGCAGUCUUACUGGCUCCAAAUGUCUUUAGUAACACAAGUUACAACCCACGUACUGUACAUACUUUGAGUGUAAUUGCCACCUUUGUACUUACUGUGCUUAGUUUGACUAAAUCUCACCUAGUUCGUUGAUCUGUUUAAGUAAGUUAUUUCAGUUCAUUUGAGAAUUAGUCAUUGCAACCCUUAGUUAUGGUGAGUGCACCUCAUUUUUGCUGUUCUUUUUAAACAUGGGGGGAUGGGGGAAGAAGCCAAACUUGACCAUUUUUCUAAAACAAAAUAUUUCAAUUGAAGUUUAGUCCAAAGUCAGCAAGAACGGUAAUGUGUGACUGCUCGGCAAUAGUUUCAGCCAAAGUUCUAAAUAUAUCUCUUUGUACCCAAGUAAAAUUGUGCCAUCAUUGCAUAACAGUUUGCCUUAUUUUCUUGGUUCGACUACAGGUUGUUCUUUUGGAGAGUAACUGGAUAUGAAAUUAAGGUUUUUAAGUCAACUUUUUUUUUUACAUGGUAUUUUUGGAUUUUCUUUUUUUUUUCUUCUAUUGAUGUUAGAACUUUGCCCGACAGUAUCAAACCUCAGUUUGUAUCAGGGAGGAGGACUCUUCAUUUACAUAAUGAAACAAACAUCUACCUUAAGGUGUCUGUGUAAUAUGAUGCAAGCAGGAACAGCAAAUGUUAUAGUAGCUGUUAAAUCUCUCUCUUCCCACGCUCCAAGCUUUGCCUUGAAAUAUCCGAGUCCUUUUAUUAAAUUAUAGUUCAGAACGUUCACUUCUGUAGGUUUGUAUUGUUCAAUGUUUUAUAUGUAGCAAUUGGGUCCUGGCAGUGAUAUUACAAAGUAAUGACUCGCUUAAAUCGGCAUUUAGCAGGACCACAAUGUGCUCACACAUCACAGCAGCAAGAUUAAUGUAAACUUUUACUGUUCAAAUUUCUAAAGUUUGUCCUCGACAUUAUCUUAGUGUAGAAAAUAGAUAGAGACGGUUGCAAUGUAGUAUUGAGUUUGUUUUUGUUAAUCACACUGAGGGAUUGGUUAUUGUAAUUCACAUCGCUGGAUGGUUUAAAGAUACUUGUCUUGUCACACAAGGAGGAUGUCCUGAAAAUAAAAGUGGAAGUGUUGCAGAAUAAAGCAUGA